UGGGGCGAAACCGAACCAGAGCGCGGGCGAUGGAGCGGAGGCUCAGCCUGGAGCAGCGAACGGAGCGUCUGGUGCAAAGGAGGUGGGAGAGCAGCCUGGCCUCAAGUGCCCCUCGGGAUCCCCAGGCCCUGCUCAGGCCCCGCCCCCGCGGGCCAGAGAAGGCGACGCCUCCGCUUGGCCCCGCCCCCUGCUCGUCAAUGCUCGAUGACCCCCUCGUCCAAUGGCGCUUGAGGCGGUGCCGAGGGGAGGAGCCAACGCUGGACACGCCCGUGGUGAGCAGGGCCCUGCUGGGCUCUGCUGCUCCCCAAGGUGCCCUGCAGGGGGCAGUGCCCUGGGAGUCACGUGACCCCCCUGAGGCGCCAUGGCCGAUCACGGGACACCUCCGCAAGCACCAGGGGGCGUCUUCACCCCAGGCGGUCUCCCAGGAACCCUGGGGGAAGGAGCCAUGUUGGAAGUCACAUGACACCUGCAAGGCCCCCUGGCCAAUGAGGAGCAGCUCUCUGGAUACCCUGCAGGGGGCACUAUACUCACAGUCACGUGACUCCCACGAGGCCUCCUGGCAAAUCAGCAGCCGCUGCUGUGCAUCUCUGCACCAGGGAGCGCCACCCUGUGGGAAGCGGGAGUCCCAUGAACCUUUGCGGCAGGAGCCACUUUGGGAGCCACAGGACUGCCUCGGGGCUCUGCGCUGUGUGCCAGAUUGGAGGCCAUGUGACUCCCAGCGUGCCCUGCAGCUUGCAAGGGAGUCGCUUCCGGAGUCCCUCCGCCUGGGAUGGCCAGGCCUCAGGUCACGUGACCGCUGUGAGGCCCCACAGCCACUCAGGAGCAGUGCUCGUGAUGCCCUACAGGGGGCACUGUUGCAGCAGCCACUGGCACUUCUGGCUCAGGAAGUCCCUUGUGGCUCUGGGCAAACACUUCUGGGACUGCCACCCCCUGUGACAUGCAGGACCCCCAGGCCCUCUGCAGGACCCCCUCCUCUGGAUGCUGCGAUGCCACCGCCGAGCCAUAAGGGGACGCCUUCGGGCCAUCGAGACCCUCCUGGAAUGCCCACCUGGGUACCCUCAACCCAUGGUGGGGCCAAUAAAGCAGUGACACCCCAAAAUUGCACCAUAGAGGUGCAGAGACUCCCCAAAUCUCCUUCCUUACCUCCCCCACCUUUGAGAUUGCCCCCAGUCCUCUCUCUCCCCAUAUGUCCCCAAGAGUAUUUAGGGGGUUCUGGGUGCUCAAAAGAGGGUGUUGGUGGGGUAUUUGGUGUCUCUAGGGGGUCCAUGAGGGUCUCUGGGGUGUUUGGAGGGCCUCUGAGGUUGCAGAAGGACUUUGGGGGGUGUAUGGGGAGCACUGGAAAUCAGAAGUGGUUGGGGGGGGGCACUGGGUGUCUAUAGGGGGUC